AUGGCUGACCAAAUUGACCAAUCCGGUCUCGAUCAACCUUCCCCAGGUGAUGACCUUCAGGGUAAUGGUGUCGAUUCUCGUGGAACCAAGCGACAGCGCACAUCCAUGGCUGGAGAUGAUGACGAUGACGAUGAUGAGAAGGGUGGCCGAGAGCGACGCAAGAUCGAGAUCAAGUUCAUUCAAGACAAGUCUCGACGACACAUUACUUUCUCGAAACGUAAGGCUGGUAUCAUGAAGAAAGCGUACGAACUUUCGGUCCUCACUGGCACCCAAGUCCUCCUUCUGGUUGUUUCUGAGACUGGUUUGGUUUACACAUUCACUACUCCAAAGCUCCAACCACUAGUAACCAAAGCUGAGGGCAAGAACCUUAUCCAACAUUGCCUCAAUGCCCAAGACCCAGCUGGCAACGAGAAUGGAGUCGACGAUGGUGUCGAUGCUCAGUCUCCAGACGAUGUCCCUCAAAUGCCACAACCACAACACAACAUGCAGCGAGGUGCUCCUCCGGGCGGUUAUAUGACACCUGAACAGCAACAACAAUAUUAUCAACAGUUACAGCAACAACAGAUGCCUGCUCAGUAUGCUGGCAUGCCGCAGAUGCCUCAGCAUCAGCGAGCUUAA